UUGGGAGACGCGUACCACGACGGUUGGUUGGGGCUCGUGAAGUCCGAUAAGAAAGCCGCAAAAAUUUGGAAGCGCGCCGUGGAGCUCGGGAACGUGUACGCGAUGAGAAACCUGGGAACCUUGUACAGGGAUGGAAGCGGCGUCAAGCUGGACAAGAAGAAGGCGGAGCGGCUGUAUCGCACGGCCGCCGAUCGGGGCAUCGCGCUCGCGCAAUACAAUACAGGGCUUUUACUUUACUCUGAGCAGAGAUUUGAAGAAGCGUUCCGGUACUACGCGCUCGCCGCGGAUCAAGGUUAUAGACGUGCAGAGAACAACCUUGGCAUUUGUCACGAGCGCGGAAAUGGCACGGAAGUCGACCUCGGCAAAGCCAGAUACUGCAAUGCGGAAGAACUCGCGCGUCUUCGCCGCCAUGUGGAGAACGAAGUGCCGGAAGCGAUUUCGUGUUUGGGAGACGCGUACCACGACGGUUGGUUGGGGCUCGUGAAGUCCGAUAAGAAAGCCGCAAAAAUUUGGAAGCGCGCCGUGGAGCUCGGGAACGUGUACGCGAUGAGAAACCUGGGAACCUUGUACAGGGAUGGAAGCGGCGUCAAGCUGGACAAGAAGAAGGCGGAGCGGCUGUAUCGCAUGGCCGCCGAUCGGGGCAUCGCGGUCGCGCAAACCAGUAUAGGGCUUUUCCUUGAGUCUGAGAAGAGACACGAAGAAGCGUUCCGGUACUUCGCGCUCGCGGCGGAUCAAGGCCAUAUCGGUGCGGAGUUUUGCCUUGGCUGCUCUUACAUGGACGGAGACGGCACAGAAGUCGACCUCGGCAUGGCCAGAUACUGGUUCGAGCGCGCCGCUGCCAAGGGCAGCGAGGAAGCUACAGAAGGCCUCGCGCACCUCGACGCGCGAGUAUAG